CAAAUGCAGUUGCUUUAAAUAUGACGAUAUUACACCUAUCACGCGUGUACCUUAAUAUCCGGAUAUAUAUUCACACCAGAAUAUAAUUUAAUGCGGUUCUCGCUAUCUGAAAGUCAGUAAAGUUGGGCCACAUGGCAACAGUGUCCCCUUUCUAAUACUUAUGGUUGUGUCCGUAGGCAGCCAAAUAUUUGACAAACUAACAAUCGGCGUCGAGUUAGCUUAGUGUAGAAACUAAUCACUUACAUAGAAUAAAAACGUACGCCCUUCUACUUUAGCUCGGUCUCCUGUGCCCCCGAUACGUACAUUUAAGCGUGAGCAGGAUGUCAACUCCGGCGAGACGACGUUUAAUGAGAGAUUUUAAACGGCUGCAAGAAGAUCCUCCAGCUGGAGUCAGUGGGGCCCCCUCAGAAAACAAUAUAAUGGUGUGGAAUGCUGUCAUUUUUGGGCCAGAGGGAACUCCUUUUGAAGAUGGAACAUUCAAACUUACCAUAGAGUUCACAGAGGAAUAUCCAAAUAAGCCUCCAACAGUGAGAUUUGUCUCUAAAAUGUUUCAUCCUAAUGUAUAUGCCGAUGGCAGCAUAUGCUUAGAUAUACUUCAGAAUCGUUGGAGUCCCACUUAUGAUGUGUCUUCAAUAUUAACGUCAAUACAGUCUUUACUCGAUGAGCCCAACCCAAACAGUCCAGCCAACAGCCAGGCGGCGCAGCUGUACCAGGAGAACAAGCGAGAGUACGAGAAGAGAGUUUCUGCUAUUGUUGAACAGAGCUGGCGCGAUUGUUGACCCUCGUCACUGUCAUCAUUAUCGUGGUCCCCGCCACGAACAGUGUGUCCGGGUCAUCAACUCAUCUCACUCACAGUAUACGCUUUGUCCCCCUUCCAAAAAAAAAAAAAAAAAGUCGGUUGCCAAGUUUAUACGCUGUCGUGUUUGUGGCGUUCACUUCUGCCGAAUGCCAUCAUCAGGUUAAAGGUGUUUAAAAAAAGUUAAUGUAUCUUGUUAUAUCUGGGUUACUUGUCUCUUUUUUGUGCAAAGUGGCUGCUAACUAUGUGCUUGCUGUAAAACCACCUACUGUUCUUAUUUCCACAAAAAAUAUGUAUUUAUGGAUAUUUCUUUUUGUUUCAGCGUGCUUUGUUUUGCCUUUUAAAGCCUUUCAAGUGGGACUGAUAUUUUUCAUUGAAGCAUUAGAAUUAACCUGAAAUGGACAUUGAUUCAUCCCUCUUACAAACUGCCUUCUGGAUUUCAGAUGUUAUGUUUUAAGUACAAGACAUGAAUGCCCCAUUUGGGCACUUGGUUUCAUUAACAAAAUACAGUACUGACAUUUAAAGACUAGAUUUCUAAUCUACUUCACAAUCAUACAUAAAUCAGUGGUCAGAGUGGAGUGAUCAUACAGGAUGAUUUGUCUAGGUAAAGUUCACUGGUAACCCAUGUAACAAAAUGUACAUUUUCUUGUAAAUAAAAAGAUAUACAUUA